UUGUUGCGGGCAUUGGGCAACACAUACGGCAAGCGUGAUUCGUGCAGUUAGGUGUCAUGGUUGAGCUUGGGUUAAGCUACAAAGUAAUGACAUAUUCUGAUGCGAUUUGUGUGCACAUAGUUGUGCAUUUACUUUUAAAAUGUUGGAGACUCAAUUUCGACCACAGCCGCACAAAUAUUAGUUAACAAUAAAAAUGAACCUCUGUGUUUGCUGCUACCGAUUCUGCCUGGUUUGCUCCUAUGCUACCAGAGCUGGCUGAGAUGGACCAUCAUGAAAACCAAAUAUAGUGCAACAAGGUUAAUGGGCUUAACGUUAAUAAUACUUACCACAUAUCAUGGCUAAUGCAUGAUGUGAUGCUCUACAAAUGAUUUGCCUUGUAAAUAAUAAAAUAGAUGCAUCCAAAUUAAGGUUUAUUCAACUCUAUUCCUCUACUAUUACAAUAAUGGGGACCUAAGGUCACUGGAUUUCUUAACUUACACUUCUCUUGAGAGAAACUGGAAAGUAAACAUCAGUUGCCAUGCGUGUCAGUCUCUGCCAGGGCCUGUUAACUGGCGCCAUUGUCCUCAACCUCCUCAUUCUCUACUAUGUGUCCCGGGCCCAGCAGCAAAUGAUGGAGAAGAGGAAGGAGCUUGGCAGGGGCACGAGGAGGUCUGCACUACCAGCCUCUGGUCUGGGGGGAGGCCUAGGGAUACUUGUAGGAGCUGGAGGUGAGCCUGGAGUUAUUGGAGGUGAGGGACACAGUCGUGGCCCACGUGUGACUGUUCUUCUUCGGGAAUUUGAAAACUUUGAGAAUUAUGUUGGGGAUGUGGCUAACUCCUUCCUCCGCCAGAGACCUGAGCUUCCCUUCCUGGCUGUGGCUGACACGGCUCCGUACCCUCCCCUAGUGUUUCCAGAGGGGGCACGCCUUCUAGUGCUCUCCCCCAGCCCGGACCAGCCACCGCAAGCUCACAGGCCUGAGUUCCACAUCCAGACAGAGUUUGUGCUGCUGGUGCCUGAUGGGGUGGAGUUGGAACAACCUCGGUCUAUCGAGAGGCUGAUCAGGGAGUUGGAAGGUGAGGGUGGGGGGCCUGUGAGGUUGGUGGCUGCGCCCGUGCUGUCUCGAUCUGCUGUGCAGUGUGUCCACUUGCGGGUGAACCUCAGAGAGUGGACAGCCACCUACUCGCCAGCUGCGUCUGGGAGCAGCGGGAGUGUGUGUACGGCUUUACAGGGAGAUGCCGUUGUCCUUAUUCGCACUGAGGAUCUUUUUAACCUCUCUGUCCCUAUGGGAAGGCCCCUCUUCCCCUCGCUCUUCGUCCAGACGGCCUUGAGAGGCUGGAAGGUCAAGCUGCUGGAGAGCCCCUGUUUCGCCACAAACCACCGGCCCCUCUUCAGCUCCGCUCACAAUCAGUGGAAGGCCGACACACGACUGAAGGAGACCACCGGGAAGCUCAUGAGGAGCUUUGGUUUGAAGCGUCUCCUGCUGGCUGAUGGGAAGGAACAGUGGUACGGCUGCAGUAAAGAGACGCCUCGCUGCUUUGGCACUGUGCAGGAUGACACUCCAGACUACCUUUAUCUGGACCGCUGGACACCUCCCUGCUGUCUGCGGGCUCUCAGGGAAACUACCAAGUAUGUAAUCAACAUCCUGGAGACCUCGGGUGUGCGCUACUGGCUAGAAGGGGGAACUCUUCUGGGCGCUGUCCGCCAUCAGGACAUCAUCCCAUGGGAUUAUGACGUGGACCUGGGCAUCUACUUGGAGGAUAUACCCAACUGUGAUCACUUGAAGAACCUGGACUCCGGCUCUCUUGUGGAUGCGAACGGCUAUGUGUGGGAGCGUGCAGUGGAAGGAGACUUCUACAGGGUCCAGUACAGCGAGGCCAACCACCUGCAUGUUGACCUGUGGCCGUUCUAUCCACGUAAUGGCGUCAUGACCAAAGACACAUGGACAGAGCACAAGCAAGACGUGGAGUUCCCAGAGCACUUUCUGCAGCCACUGGUGCCCUUGUCCUUUGCAGGCAUCACUGCCUACAGCCCCAACAACCCCCGAGCUUUCUUGGAGCUCAAGUUCGGAGAGGGUGUUAUUGAGAACCCCCAGUAUCCCAACCCCGCAAGAAAGAGGCUGGACAGAAGCAAAUUAUGAGAGAUAGAGACUCGAAAGCCCAUUUUAGUCGUACUGUAUUUGUUUACCUAACAACACAGAGCAUUGUGCCUCAAUUUAUUUUAUUCAAAAACAAUAGAUCAUGCCUGUAAACUAAUAAUGUACCAAAAUGACUGCAUUUGCUGUCAUUCUUACCACAGCUCUAUCACCGGUGUUAUCUCAAGCCUGGUAAAAUGUUCUCCAUCAUCAGUAUUUGGAUGUAAAAUCUAACAUUGGACUGCCUUUUUAAUUAAUACAUUAGUGCAUUUACACCAGGCAUAUCGUGAAGAGUUUUAAUACAUGGUGCACUAAAGCUGUGUGUUGUACAGUUAAGUAUAAAUAUGACUGCAGUAAAUGCUACAGUGUACACUAUCUUAAGCAGGAUUUAAGGUUUUGUACAGAAAUGUUUGUGGUAAAGAAGUUGUUUUGCCCCAACAGGUGUUUUAUGAAUUUAUUGACUGCGUUGCAUUGAUUUGCACGGGUUCUUUCAGUUUUGCACAGUUUGUGAAUGAAUGUUACUGUAUAUCGAUGCCAUUUGGUACCUGACAGCUGUAGCGUGGGGACUACAUUUCCAUGUGGUGAAACAAACAGUCAUUAAUCCCAUCAUUGUUGGCAUAUGGAGAGGAUUAAAUGUUGCUCUCAGGUCUUAGUAUUCAGUAAAAAAAACCUAAAACUUUGACUGAAUUUCUAAAUAAUUGUUAAGCCCUAGCUCAAUUAUGUGUUACUACUGAGCGCCCAUUAUGUAUUCACUGAAAUGGAAUUGCAAUUCAGUAGAUUAAUCAAAGGAAAUAUUUUAAAAGUUGACCAUAAAAACUCAGCUUCUCUGGGUACGACAUGUUUCCUGUAGUGUUGUUACUUGUGUGAUAUAUCAAGGUGUCCAAUUCAUGAACUGGGAAAAUAAAAGGAGUUGUAACAUU